AUGGGCUCCUUCUCCAUCACCAUGGGUGUCAUCCUCCUCCUGGCCUUUUGGCUUCCAGGCCAUAUUGGAGCAAACCCUGUAUACAGUGCAGUGUCCAACACAGAUCUGAUGGAUUUCAAGAACCUGCUAGACCAUCUGGAGGAGAAGAUGCCGUUAGAAGACGAGGUCGUGCCCCCACAGGCCCUGAGUGACCAGAGCGAUGAAGCACCAGGGGCAGCACUUAGCUCUGUCCCUGAGGUUCCUUCCUGGACUGGGGAGGUCAACCCACCUCAGAGAGACAGCAGCACCCUUGGGCGCAGCCCCUGGGACCCCUCCGAUAGAUCUGCCCUCUUGAAAAGCAAACUGAGGGCUCUGCUGGCUGCCCCUCGGAGCCUACGGAGGUCCAGCUGCUUCGGGGGUAGGAUCGACAGGAUUGGAGCCCAGAGCGGACUGGGAUGCAAUAGCUUCCGGUACCGAAGAUAACAGCCAGGGAGGAAAAGUAGCCAGAUUUGCUGGGGCAGAUUGCAGAAGACCCUAAGCCCUGCGGUGUGUCACACAGCUUGGUCUCAUUGUCACUGAGGUGUGGCGAACACC